AUGGCAACCCCACCGCUCCCACCACCAGACCCUCAGUUUGUCCUCCGAGGCGCCCAGUCAGCAGUGCACACACUGCAUUUCUGCAAAGGAGCCCAGGGGCAGGGGCGCCCGCUGCUCCUCUCAGGGUCCCUGCGUGGGCUGGUGCACAUCUGGAGCCUGCAGACACGGAGGGUGGUCGCCACCCUGGAUGGCCAUGGGGGCCAGUGUGUGAUCUGGCUGCAGAUGCUGCCCCAGGGGCCCCAGCUCCUCAGCCAGGGCCGCGACCUGAAGCUGUGCGUGUGGGACCUGGCGGAGGGCAGGAACUCCGUCGUGGACUCCGUGCUCUUGGAGAGCGUCGGCUUCUGCAGGGGCUCUGUGCUGGCUGGGGGCCUGCAGCGCUGGAUGCUGGCUGUGCCAGGGAGAGGCAAUGAUGAGAUUCAGAUUCUGGAGAUGCCGUCCAAGACGUCAGUGUGCUCCCUGAAGCCCGAGGCACAGGCCAGGCUGGGCAUGCCCAUGUGCCUGCAGCUCUGGCAGGCUGACUCCAAUCCCCGCCCUCUCCUCCUGGCUGGCUACGAGGACGGCUCCGUGGCCCUGUGGGACGUCUCCUCACGGAAAGUGUGCAGCCGUGUCUCCUGCCACACGGAGCCCGUCAUGGGUCUGGACUUCGACUCCCAGGAGGCCAGGGGCGUCUCAGGCUCUGCGGAGAAGGCACUGGCCGUCUGGAGCCUGGAUGAGCAGCAGGCCCUGCAGGUGCGUGGGACUCACGUGCUCACCAACCCCGGGAUCGCCGACAUCAAGAUUCGGCCAGACCGUAGGAUUCUGGCCACCGCGGGCUGGGACCAUCGCGUCCGUGUGUUUCACUGGCGGACGAUGAAGCCGCUGGCGGUGCUGGCCUUCCACAGUGCCACCGUGCACUGUGUGGCCUUUGCUGACGACGGCUUGCUGGCCACAGGGUCUGGGGAUCAGCGCAUCGGUGUCUGGUCUCUCUACCCGUGCACCUGUGAGGGCCACCUGCAUCCUUGGAGAGCUCUGUGGUCACUCUUCCCCGAAGGUCAGAAGCGGCAGUGGGGACGGGUCCUGGGGCUGCAGGGCCUCAUGGUGGACAAGGGUCCAGAACUGCGGGUGUGGGCAGAUGACCCUGGGCCCCGGCAAGAGGAGCCAGUGGGCAGCUGCUGA